AGUGCGGACAUGGAGGAGGAUUUAGAAAAUUUUUUGCGGUCAAGAGAGGUCCCACACGACGACAUCGUGCACAUGCAACAAGACAAAGUGGAUAAGGCAGUGCUGUCCGUCAUGACUGAUGGAGAAAUGGCGAAAUACAUAAGGACAUAUGGUGACAGAGUAGCUGUCAAGUCUUUCUGUCAACAAACUAAGUACAGCACAGAUAAAGAGACUCUUCUGCAGAACCUAAGAGAUAAAAUUGCGGCACGGAAAGUAAGAUCAAAAACCAAAGGAGUGCUGUGUGGUUCAUCAGGCGUGUUCCACAAGCAAGGUGAAGGGAUGGCAAGACAGAGAAAUACUGCAGGAGAGAAGACCUGCAGAAAAAUAGAAAUCGGAUGGCUUCAUUUUAGCAGUAAUGAAUACCGUCAAGUGAGAACCAGAAAUGGUGGAGGAACAAGACAUGCAACUGUGGAAAAAACUACAACUGUAGCUAAGAUUUUGGAAAUGGGAAAGGACCUGUUUUUUCCAGAUGGGAACUCGCCAAAAGGGAGAGUUGAAGACUUUAACAUAGAUGUCUGUGAUUUUAAAAGAAAUUCGAUUCCUUUAGAUGACACCGUUGGCAAACUUUAUGAACAAACCAAAUUGAAGAUCCUGAGAUUUUACAUUUGCACGAAAGAUGAAACACCGUCAACAGUUCAGUCCUCAUCUGUAGAGGAUUUUUCUGUCAGCAUAACUGAAGAAGAUUCACCGGUGACAUUACUUGGAUCUGACAGUGAGACAGAUGAUUUUGUCCCAGAUCUACUUGACCAUGGGGAUUCAUCUGACAGUGACACUGGCAAACAGGUUUGUUAAAAUAAGAAAGUUAUUAUUAAAAAUAAUGAUCACUUUAAAGUUACUGUAUUUUG